GGGUGCAGGUAAAGAGCAAGAGCUUGGCUAUAAAGUCGUGAAGCACCCUUCGCAGUACGUGGAUAGCAUCGGAAAUUCAGACCCGUACGAACACAUCACACCAGCAACAUUAGCGCGACGCAGAUCUUCAGUCAGGAUGCACAACUUCAUCUUCGCAGCAGGUUUCACGGCUUUUGCUUCAGCUCAGUCGCGCGUCGUUGAGGCACCUCCGCCACCACCAGUACUCCUCUCGACGACUAAGUCUGGUGUCCUCCCAGUCAUCCCAUCUGCCACUGGAACUCCCUUCGCAGGUGUCGACACACUCCAGGGUGCUAUCAUCUCGCCUCUCCCUCCGAACCCAAGCUACACCCCCGUCGAGGGCCCCGCACCCUCCCAGACCAACCAGCCCGCUGCCACCUAUGUUGCCACACUCCCUGACUCUAUGUUCAACCCUCUGGUCGGCGACACCGUCCAAGGUACUGUUGAGGCCGUCGGCACCACAGACGGUGUCCAGUUCACCGUUAACAUCACCAACCUUCCCAACCAAGCCGCCUACGGGCCCUUUAACUGGCAUAUCCACACGCUCCCCGUCCCUGACGACGGCAACUGCACUGCUACCAUGGGCCACCUGGACCCUCAGAAUGCGGGCGAGCUGUACAUGUGCAACACUGCCGCGCCUGAGAACUGCCAGGUUGGCGAUUUGGCCGGCAAGCAUGGCGGCAAGAUCACGACCGAGGGAAACUUUAGUACGAGUUUUGCUGAUAACUUUUUAAGUACUGAGGAGGGGAGCCCGGCGUUCUUUGGGGGAUUAGCGUUUGUGCUGCACACUGGUAAUACCACCAGGAUUACUUGUGCGAACUUUGAGGCUCAGGGAGCUGGAAAUGGUACCGGUGGUAACGGUACGAGCGGAAGCAAUGCUACGGCGACUAGCACGGGUGGGGUUCCUGAAUUCACUGGUGCUGCCGGUAAGCUGACUGCGGGUGUUGCUGCUAUUGUUUUUGGUUUCGCUGUUGCGCUGUUGUAGACUGUGGGCGCGAUCUAGCUGUAGCUGUACACAAUGCCUAAUAUCUUAAUGAUAUGAUGCAUCCUAAGCAUGAUCAC